CUAAGGCUGAUGCCCUUGCAUGCCUAUGAGAAGAAUAUGUCACAGAGGAGACUUUAAGCCGCAGCUGCUAGGAGUUGAGCCUGCCCUCUAAGCAGGGUUUGCUACAGCAGAGGCAGGCAAUGAAGGAAGAUAUGUGUCUUCAAGGAACAAUUCAGAACCUUUCCAGCUCCUGCUGUCAGACCUCCCCUAACAGCGUAUGACUUGUUUUUAAUUGCUGUUUCAAGUUCAGCAGGAGGCUUCCAGAGGUGAGGAUGUGUCCUGGAAUAAAGUGGGAUAUUGCAAUUCCUCCACAGUGAGAUUAAGGCACUAAGAUUAUCCAGGACCUUUAGUAAGAUGAUAAAUGGCUCAUUUAAAUUGGGAGCUACUAAAAUACUCUCUGGCUGGCAAAUGCAGUGCCUAGCAGCAGUCAUCAAGGACGAACCAAACAUGAGUGGAGGAGGGGAACAGGUCGACAUUCUUCCGGCCAAUUAUGUGGUCAAAGAUCGCUGGAAAGUGCUGAAGAAGAUUGGUGGCGGUGGCUUUGGGGAGAUCUAUGAGGCAAUGGAUCUGCUGACCCGGGAGAAUGUGGCCUUGAAGGUGGAAUCAGCCCAGCAGCCCAAGCAAGUUCUCAAGAUGGAAGUGGCUGUCCUGAAAAAGCUGCAAGGGAAGGAUCAUGUUUGCAGAUUUAUUGGCUGUGGAAGGAAUGAAAAAUUUAAUUACGUCGUCAUGCAGCUUCAGGGCCGAAAUCUUGCAGAUCUUAGAAGGAGUCAGCCUCGAGGGACUUUCACACUGAGCACAACGCUGCGAUUAGGCAAACAAAUUCUGGAAUCAAUAGAAGCCAUUCACUCUGUGGGAUUUCUGCAUCGUGACAUCAAGCCUUCCAAUUUUGCCAUGGGCCGCUUACCUUCAACAUACAGGAAGUGUUACAUGUUAGACUUUGGUCUGGCGCGUCAGUAUACCAACACUACUGGUGAAGUCCGGCCACCUCGCAACGUCGCUGGUUUUCGAGGAACGGUCCGCUACGCUUCGGUGAAUGCACACAAAAACCGAGAGAUGGGUAGACAUGAUGAUCUCUGGUCCCUCUUUUACAUGUUGGUGGAGUUUGCGGUUGGUCAGCUUCCGUGGCGAAAGAUCAAAGAUAAGGAGCAGGUUGGCAUGAUAAAAGAAAAGUAUGAACACCGAAUGCUGCUAAAACACAUGCCUUCAGAGUUCCACCUUUUUCUGGAUCACAUUGCAAGUCUAGACUACUUCACCAAGCCAGACUAUCAGCUAAUCAUGUCCGUUUUCGAGAACAGCAUGAAAGAAAGAGGCAUCACUGAAAAUGAAGCCUUUGACUGGGAGAAGGCUGGUACAGAUAUCUUGUUGUCCACUAGCACCUCUACUCCACCGCAGCAAAACACGAGGCAAACAGCGGCCAUGUUUGGGGUGGUUAAUGUCACUCCGGUACCUGGGGACUUGCUUCGUGAGAACACUGAGGAUGUCCUACAGGGUGAACAUCUGAGUGAUCAAGAGAAUGCUCCUCCCAUCCUGUCAGGCCGGCCAGCGGAAGGUCUUGGUCAGGCACCAAACACGGCUUUCAACGAGGCUGAAGUUUGGGAAGAGACAGAUGUGAAUCGCAACAAACUCAGGAUCAGCAUCAGCAAAACUCAGUGCAUGGUGGAAGAGGAGCAGAGAAAUGGUGUCUGCCCCAGUUCCCCUGUCCGAGUGCCUCCGGAGUCCCCUACCGCACAAGUGCGCUCCCUUCGAUACCGCCGGGUGAACAGCCCCGAGUCAGAACGCCUCUCCACCGCCGAUGGCAAAGCAGAUCUACACGAACGAAGGUCUCGAAUGGAUUUACCUGGCUCUCCAUCACGGCUUGUGUGCUCCUCCCAGCCAGCCCAGAUGCUGUCCAUCGAUACUGGUCAAGCUGACCGGCAGGCAAGUGGUAGGAUGGAUGUGUCUGCUUCAGUGGAACACGAAGCCCUCAGCAACGCUUUCCGCUCAGUUCCGCUCGCAGAGGAGGAGGACUUUGAUAGCAAGGAGUGGGUUAUCAUUGAUAAGGAAACAGAGCUGAAGGACUUUCACCCAGGUGCUGAGCCAAGCACCUCCGGAACCACAGAUGAGGAGCCUGAGGAACUAAGACCUAUUGAAGAGGGUGAAGAAAGAAGGCGCUUGGGGGCAGAUGCUGCAGUCAGGCCGAAGACGCACGAUGGCCGAAGUCGGGGUAUGCAGCCUGUAACUGAGGAGGACAGUUCCCACAGACACGAAGGACCUUCUCAAACAGUAUCUGACAGUAAACACGAACAGCAGACAGGAAGUCCAGCCCACUCCCCCCUACAUUCAGCACCAGCCAUCCGACAAAGGAGACGAGAAUCUGAACCUACUGGUCCUCAGAGACAGGCAUACAUGCUGAAGUCAUUUGAAAUGAAUGGUCUGCCCAAGGCGGUGCCUUUAAGUUUGCCUUAUCAAGACUUCAGAAAAGAUGUGUCAGACUACUGGGAAAAGCCUAAGGUAUCCCAGCGGAUAAAGAAAGUUGAUUUUUCAAAUGUUGUCUUGACUGCUCCUUGCAAACCUCCGGAACCUUACCUAGAAAUGAAUGGAAAAGAGGAGGAGGAAGAAGACGAGGAAGAAGAUGAGGAGGAAGAAGACGAAGAGGAGGAGGUGGAGGAGGAAGGGGACGAGAUCGACAUGCACAGUGGUUCCAGCAGUGACCUGAGUCAAAAAAGCACAGAGCGCAGCCAGGAGUGUGCACCAUCCACGCUCUUGGCUGAUGACCAGAAGGGAUCCAAAGGUCGAGCGUCCACUGCUGACGGGGACCUGGAGCUGGAGGAAGGCUCAAAAACACUAGUGCUGUUUUCACCGGGUGAUCUGAAGAAGUCCCCGGUGACCACAGACUUGGCUCCAGAAGUUGAUCUGGGCACUCUUGCUGCACUGACACCUCAGAGCGAGCGGCCACAGCCGAUGGGUAGCCAACUGGAUGUAUCCGAGCCAGGGACCCUCUCCUCAGUCCUUAAAUCUGAACCAAAGCCUCCCGUGGCCGUGGCUACAGCCUCCUCCCCCUUUACCAAAGUCGAGCGCACAUUUGUUCAUAUUGCUGAAAAGACCCACUUAAAUGUCAUGUCUUCCAGCGGCCAGAUGAUGAGGCAUGAGGAGUACUGCCCUCCGGGCCAGUUUGAAGAGGUCAUUAUCGAAGAAGAGCUGGAGGACAACCUGGUGCUGGUAGAAAAUGGGAGCAUACAUUCAGGGCUAGAGGGGGCAGAGACGGAGAGCUGCGCCCUUUCAGCUAAUCACGUCGAAACCACCUCGGAGGCGGCGGGGGAGCAGCUGGCCCUUCCCAACGGUGUAGCAAAACCUCCCGAGGACAAGCCAGAGCUCUCCGACAAAGUGGCACUCUCACUGGAUUUGGAAGAGCCUGGCAAGGUGGUCAUGAGGGAGCCCGAGCUUGAGAAGUCAGCAUCGGUGGGAGAACACCUGAAGCGAGCAGAGCCCCUCCUGGAUGCACCGCAGCAGGGCCCCAGAAGACCUCUGGGCUCCAGGUACAGAAGUCGGAUACCCAUUUUGUUCUCUGAGGAGGACACCGGCUCAGACCUUUCAACUUCUCUCUCGGCCAAAGAGAGGCUUUAUAAGAGGGCAAAGCAUCCCGACUUGGCUCGCUUAGUGAUGGAGAAGAGGCAAAACCGCCUCCUUCGGCUGGCCUCAGGGGCCUCCUCCUCGGCGUCCUCCAGUGAUGAGAGGCGGCGGGCCUCAGAAACCCUGUCGGCUACCGGUUCUGAGGAGGACACCCACGACUCUGAUGACUCCAUCCCGAGGAAGGCAGGGAAGGAGAAAGCUGCCCUCCUGGGGAAAGAAGAGAGAGCCAUAAGCACAAGGAGCAGAAUUCCUCGGCCCAUCACACCGGUGAAAAUACCCCUAGAGAUGGCAAAGUCUGAGAGCUCCGCGGCCAUUGGGAUGGCAGUGCUGUGUAGCUCCCCGCAGGAGGCGGCCGUUGCCCACAGGCUUCAGGCACAGAGACCAGCUGGCAGUGUCCCGAACGAGUGCCGAACGACGCAGAUACAAAGUCGGCUUCCUCCUUCGCCGAGCUCCACUUCUCUUCCUCCACGGAGCAGCUCGCGGAGGUCCAGCUGUGUAUCCCCUCGGAGCCCUGUCCUUCCUUCAAGAAACCCCAGUGCUUCCCCCAGAAGCCAGCUGCCACCUCGGAGGGAAAGUCCUUCUCCCUGCCGACAGCAUAAGCCAGGGACUGCUCUUCAGCGAGUUCCUCCUUCCCCCCGACCUCAGCCUCCAGCUCAGGCCCUGGGGCCAACAGGAGAUUCCCUGCCCUCUCCUGAUGUGGCCAAAAAACGACAAAGAGGAAAAACCCAGACUCAGAGUCCAGCAACCAAAGGAAAGCAGGUGUCCCUGGAAAGUAAGGCAGCUGCCAGAUAAUGAUCUUCUUCUGCCAGCCCAACAGACUGGGUAACUUCUGCAUAUAGUAUACACUUGAGAUGCUGCAGCACAGCCUUCCAUGCUGGACCCACGAGUGUAUAGCAGUAGCUGUACUUCAAUGCUUCACUCACUCUCACCCCACACUGACGCGAUCAGCUCCCACGGGCCUGAGAGCCUCUGAGCCAUGGAGCCUUCUUCAAGGGAGACAUCCAGCCCGCAGCUCACGCUUGCUAACGCACAGCACCAAGCAGCAGCGACCCAGGCAGCCUGCCUAGUGCCUGACCCUCCUCCCUCCCCAGGCAUUCCCCCCUCUCUCUUAGCAAUACCAGUCGCCACCACUCACCCUGGCUUUGGAAAGAGGAGCAGGAGCGAGGAGAGCAAGGCCUGCCGGAGAGGAAGGCUCCUGUCCCUCCUCUCUCCUCGCUGGGAAAACGCCAGCCUUGGCCACCACCAUCUACCUGAGUGUUGGCUCACCUCCUGCCACCCGUCUUAGCAAGGGAUGGUCACCAGCUUAGCCAUGAGGGAUGGAUGCCUCCUUGUGCGCUGAGAUAAGAGCAGGGGCAGGGUGGAGGGGGCUCUUCUCUCUUUUCCAGAGAUGCCUCUGCAGGUAGGAGGUCUUGCUGGAUGCUCCUACCUGUUCCAGUUAUGUCCCACAGAGGAGGCCGUCUGGCAUUGCUGCUCGGCAACGCUGCUGCUGUUGCAGCAGAUGCCUGCAUGGUGGGUAUUUAGAUGGAAGUAGGGGUGUGUUGGCAGCUUGCUGGGAAAUCAAGAGCACUUGCUAAUUGAUGUGGAAGGGAGCACACUGCAGCCGCUUCUGUCUCAAAUACCAAACUGUGAUCUGUGGAGACCACAUCUCCCAACGUGGGUGGUUCCUCUUGACCCGAGUGUGGCUGGUGCCACAGACCUGUAGUCCACCAAACACAGCUCCACCCUGAAGAUGUGAAUAGUCACUGGAUGCCUUUAGCUUGGGUGCCCCUUGCACCUAACCUCCUUGUGCUUUAUUGUCACGCUCUUGGUGUUUGUGAAUUUUGGCACUGUGGUUGAAAGUUCCCCUUCACGGCAGGGUUGGAAAUUAUUAUCCUGUAGUAUAAUCCAAAGCUGCUGCUUUGCGACGAGAGGUUUGCUGGCACACCGUGGGCACCUUGUGCAUUUCGAUGCGAGAGCAGAGUGGGUUGAGUAGCGGAGGUGGAGUUUAUGUCUUUCUCUUUUCUUGGUGCUCAGCUCUUCCAUGUGUUGCUUGAGAACUUAACAACGUGACCGUAAAAGCAAGGGCUGUGCUCUUCGAGUAAUAUUAUCAGAGCAGAAGCUUAGCGCUCAGCUAGGACUAAAUCAACCAACUUUUUAGCGCCCAGACUAAUUAGGAAGGUUUGAAAAUGAAAGCCAGGAAGACCGCUACCUGUCCGAGCUUGAGGAGAUCUUGAAGUAGUCACAAAUUUUUCCCCACACCUCACAAGGGGAAACACUCCAGACACGAAUACUUCAGGCUUCACAUCAUCGUGGUGCCUAAAAGAAGUUUUGCACGAGGCAGAACGAAAAUGCGGCUGCUCUGUACACCCGUUCCCACAGCUGCAACUACCUGCCAGUAUUUCCUGUUUGCAGACAACAAAGCUUGGUAGAGGAAUCUGGACACUAAUAGUAAUGACCUUGAUUCAUUUGAAAAUAGCUACAGUCACACCGAUGGGCAUCGAGUCCGAGGAAUCCUGAAGUUGUUCACACCUAUUCUGGAAAAGAGCAUGAGAGCUGUGACAGGGUGACUGAGAAAACAUAGACAUAGAAUCAUGGAAUGGUUUGGGUUGGAAAGGACCUUAAAGAUCAUGGAGUUCCAACCCCCCUGCCCUGGGCAGGGACACCUCCCACCAGACCAGGUUGCUCCAAGCCCCAUCCAGCCUGGCCAGCCUGCCUCCAGGGAAUGGGGCAGCCACAGCUGCAGCCACAGCUUCUCUGAGCAACCUGUUCCAGUGCCUGAUCUGAACAGGGAAACAUCUGAAAAGACAGGUGACAGGAAUUACCUCUUUAUAUGACAGCCUCAGUGUUGCCAACGCUAGGAAUUUAUUUCAUCUAGCUCAAAGCGUUUGCUGUUUUUGACUGAUGUUGUUCACCCUGGUAGAGUAAGGAGCACAGCUUCUGGUCUAAAAACAUGCCCUCAAUGCUUUCCAGAGAAGCACUGGGGACUCCAGGGUCAGGUUGUGGUUUGAUGGACUGAGCUGAUGUUGCCACCAAAAGCAGUGGUCCCUCAAAGUUCAGGCUGCUUCAUUGCACUUUCCCACCCCCUUAGACUGGGGGGUGAAGGGGCUGGAAAUGCUGAUCCAGCAUGACACCGAGUGUUCUGGUUUGCUGGUUUGGUUUUCAUCUGGUUCAGUUCAUCAGUCUGGUUCAGCAUGUGGUCACACAACAGAGGUGGCGGAAGGAGAGGACAGAAAGUGUGAACAGUUCUUCUGGUGGCAGUAUAACUUCAUGUGAGUUUAACAGAUGACAGUCUUAAGAAGACUUAACCAGAUGCUUCAUCCAGGUCUUAGAUACACAUGCCAAAAAAUGACAUUAGAAGAACUUGGAAAGAGGGCUACAGGACUAUUAACAGGGUUAGCAAACCUGCCUUAUCGCGGGAGGCCAAUAAAGCACAAUCAACGUAUUUGUUCAAGAGAAAGUUUAAAGAAGAGCUUUCCAUGCUCCAGCUAUACCCAUGUCAGGAAGGAAGCUCUGGCCCAUGAAAGCAGGGAAGAUGGAUUAACCGAGAAUGGCAGAUGAAGAAAUCAG